AUGCGAGAGCACAAGCUGCAUGAGAACAUAAAGAAGUGUAUAUUCGCAGCGAGCGAAGUACCACUUCUUGGCUACAUCGUGGGUAAACACGGCGUACGCCCUGAUCCGGAAAAGAUUAAGUCGAUUACCGACUGGCCAGUGCCAGUAGACGUCAAGGGACUUCGAAAGCUCCUUGGCUUGGCAGCGUACAUGCACAAGUACUCGUGCAACAACGCCGAGGUGAACUUACAUCUCUCUCGUCUGCUAAAGAAGAAUGAGAGGUGGUCAUGA